AUGGGCUUGACAAAGGUGCUCGAAGAAGACCUUACUCUGAGGGAUGUUGUGCAAGCAAUGCGAUACAUCCGCGCUCGGAUGUUCAGCUCAGUGCCUGCAACAGGCUUCAACUCAACUCGGACGACGGAAGUGCUAAACUACCGUGCUACUACGGCUCCUCUUGUCACGGUUGGCCAUCUAAAUGCGAUUUUACUUUCACCUGGUAGAGUGGAACGGGAGCUCGCUGAGUUGAUGACAAAGGGCGUGGUGCGAAAAGUGAGAGUUGAGAGGCGUGGUGGCGGGGGCGAAGCCUUGAUAGAGACGGCCGACUACGAAGGCAUGCUUAGCAGAGCAUCGUUGAGUGAGGCAGCGAAGGACUCAUUCAAGUCCUUUCUGAAAGAAAAUCCGACCACGCAGAUACUAUAUAAUGGUGCUCUGGAUAGUAGGCAUGCCGAUGAACUUAUUCGGGCAGGCUUCCUUACAAGCUCUACACACUCAACACCAGAGAGCACCCUCGAUAUCCGGCCUGAGGACCGAACAACUCUGACGUCGAUUCACCACGUCUCACAAUUUGCAUCUGGUACCGUAUCCGCCGUGGGAGGACGUAACAUAAUUCACCUCGCAGGUGGCAGCGGUGGCGCUCCGACACUCACCCGUUCAUCGUCAACACCAUCCGGCCUCCGAAUCGCAGUGCCUGGCCACGGCCGGCACUUGAAGCUAGCAAGUGCUUCUGUGGACUGGGUGCGAGAGGCGUUGCGCCGGACUCGCUGGGGUGAAGGGCCAGAGAGCUGGCUGAAGGAGCGUUUCGAGGGAGGUGGUCUGUACGGACCGCGUUGGAAAGAGUUCUGGGGAGUUGAGUGGUCGUGGGUGUUGGGCGAGGCAGUUGGGCUGGGUGUCGUAGAGGUAUUUGAGACAGGAAGUGUAGGAAGGGGAGUGAGGGCAUUGGGAGGUUGA